GCAUUUCAUCUUACUAUCAUAAACUUCAUACCAUCAGACACAUCAUGAUCUUCAUCUUCAACAGAACAUUAAACUCAAAAGUAUGUUUAGUAUUUAUUAGUUGUAACUUUUAGCCUUUGUGCUCCUGAGCUUCAGCUUGUUUUCACCUUUUCUCCUCUCUGAAUGAGAUUCUUAAAAUGAGGACUAGUAACUGAACAGUGAUGAAUUACUUUUGUAUUUCAAACAAUUACUAAAAGUGUGUAUAUUUCAAGCUUUUUAAUCAACUAAAAAACAUAAUAUAAAAGACUUUUAAAACAGUUUUUAAUACAGCUAGAUGUUUUAUCUUCUAAUUCAUUUAGAAAAUAUAACUAAAAGUGUUGGAGUGUCUCUCUGGCUGUUGGAGUGGAAAGCACAUACACACUUGCUCCUAUGUAGAGACCAGGCAGGAAGUACAUGUGCAGUGAACAUCAUCUUCUUUCUCGUCAGGCUAAAUGUAGUGACGGGGGACGAGCAAUCAACCGUGGGCUUUUACCCCACACUCGUUGGGUUUUUUUUUAGGUGAACUUGUCAUGCUGUCCAACCAGCAGGAACAAACGUUUCUUUCAUCAUGAGCACAGACAAACAUACUGAUUUCACUGCCCAAGAGGGAGACACGAUGGACGCUUACAGCGAGGUUGCAGAUCUGAAGCCACACAGGGAGGAGGAGGAGGAAGAAGAGAGGGAGGAUAACUCGAGUAGUGAGAAUGGAGUGCAGGGUGGAGAAAGUUCGACCACUUCACGUGCAAUAAAAACUGAGGCAGAGGAGAUGAAAGAUAACGAUGAUCUGUACCAUGAGGCUGAAAAAGAAAGAGAAAUUGUGCCGAAAGACGUGGCAGAGGGGGGCCACGAGGAGGAGAUAGAAGAAGGGUUAGAUGAGGAGGAGACAGGUGAUGACAGAGACAGGGAUGAAGAGGGAGAUACCCUGAGUGAGCCAGAGGACCUCUCGCUGGUCUACUCGCACUACGAUGGCGCCGCUCUGCCAGACGCCCACACUGCAGAACCAUCGGCUGAAUCAGAAGACACCUAUGUGCCCGGAGCUUCAGGGUCUCGCAUCCAAACAACAGGCAAGCUCAACUGUGACAUCUGUGGCCUGUCCUGCGUCAGCAUCAACGUCCUGAUGGUGCACAAGCGCAGCCACACGGGUGAGAGACCGUUCCACUGCAGUCAGUGCGGAUCCUCCUUCACCCAAAAGGGAAACCUGCUUCGCCACAUCAAACUGCACUCCGGGGAGAAGCCUUUCAAAUGCCCGAUGUGCAGCUAUGCCUGCCGUCGCCGAGACGCUCUUAGUGGGCACCUGCGCACCCACUCUGUGGAGAAGCCCUUCAAGUGCAACCACUGCAAUCGGAGCUACAAGCAACGCAGCUCGCUGGAGGAACACAGAGAGAGGUGCCAUGUAUACAUUCAGAGCAGCGGUUUGAAGGCUGAGAGAGAGGACAGCCAGACAUCCAGGACUCAGAUGGGCACUGAGCGUGCUCUGCUGCUCGACAGGCUUGCAAACAAUGUGGCCAAACGGAAGAGCACGAUGCCACAGAAGUUCACAGGAGACAAUGGCGUUUGUCUGGACUUGAGCUUUAAGAGGGAACUGAUCCAUCCCUCUGACAUUAAGGACCCUCCACCAGGCUCCCCUGGGCUGGAAGCCUACCACCACCACCAGCAACAACCUGCUGUCCAUCCAGGGCCUGACAGUGACUCGGCUCCUUCCCUCAGGCCCUACCCUAUUUCAAUAGGCCGCAACGACAUAACCCCCAUUGGCCUCACUAACGGCCACAAGAUGAGUAUGUCGUUCCUGGGCCACCCUCAUGCGCCACAGCCCCCCCUCAGCAUCGACUCGUUCCACACAGACGGCUCCCAGAUGUCCCAGCCCAUCAUGUACAGCUUAGGACACCUGCUGGGGGGAGGGCUAAACCACCAGAACGGCCUCCCCCACCCACACGCUCAGCCCAUCCCUUUAUCCCCACUGGAGGCGCUACGGGUAGUGCGAGCCGACGGGGAGGCGGGACCUCUGCCCGGAGCGGUGUACCCCUGUGGUCACUGCAGGGUGAUCUUUCUGGACUAUGUCAUGUUCACCAUACACAUGGGCUGCCACGGCUUCCGCGAUCCGCUCGAGUGCAACGUGUGCGGCCACCGCAGCCGGGACCGUUACGAGUUCACUUCCCACAUAGCCCGUGGGGAGCACCGCCUAGAACUGAAGUAGUUUUUCAUUUAAUGCUUAUACACUCACAUAUGUAUGAGCACACUCUCAGGUUUACUCAUACAAGUAGCUGAUAGUAUCAAAAAUGAAAGCAUGGAGUAGCAGCCAUCUCUCUUUGUGUCUGGUGUAUGUGCUUGAUAUGAGUGAAUGUGUGUAACCGAGACAAAAUGAGAGAAGUUCUAGGUGUGUGAGAGGUGUCAGUGUUCUUAGUCAUACUGUAUUCAUCUGAAAAGAUGGCCUGUAAAGUGUUAAUAGGAGGGGAGGAAGUGUACUUUAUUUUCAAACGUACUUUUGUAUUUGAUGAUCCCUGUUCUUUUUCCAUGUAAACAUCCAAAUCUUUGACAUAGUAGCAGAAAUUGUUGCAUUUAUUGAGUGUCUGCUCGAUUUCUUUUUUCCUCUUAUCUCAGUUAAAUUGCAAAAAAAAAAUGCAUUUUCCUACAUCAAACAUAAGGCAACACCUUGUUUGAGAGAGCUUCUCUAAAAAAAUUUAAAAAAAAAACUUGUCAGUUCAAGAUUGCAGAAAAAAAUCCCAUUAUCUAUAAGGUCACAUGCCUCUUUUUAGUUCUGUGGUUUUGAGUGCAGUUCAUUGCUUCAAAAGACUUCACUUCCCUCUGCACCAUCUGAUGUUUUCUCUCUCCAGAAUAGUUACAUGUUUAGCCCUUGCGCAAGUUGGAAAUGGCUCACCGCUUUGCAGAGAUGAACUGUUACGCACUAUUACGUAGGGCAGAGAUAAUGGGGGUUUAAAUGAACGUUGAGAGAGAUGUAAAUUCAGUGUAAAGUGUUUUUUAUGAUGAAGAUCAGCAUCAAACCAUUUGCAUAAAAAAAAGCUUUGUAUGAAAUGAAAAUGAGUUUGAGUGUCAGUCUACACUUUUUCUUUCUGAUGAAACUUGUCUUCUCAUUUCAAGAUUUGAAAAUCCUGGCUGCUUCAAAAAUGAAUGUCAGUGGAUCAGAAGUCCUUUUACUCUUAACAUCCAUCUGCUGGGGGGAAGCGUGUAACUGCAUGAUAGAAUUAGUCUAUAUGUGCAUUCCUUACACAGAAUCACUCCAGAGCAGGGGAUCUCAAAGGUUGUAGGACUGUUGAGGGCAUUUAAAAAAUAUUCAGGCAAUCCAAAAUAAGUAGCUUAAUUCUUUUUUUAAGUUUUUAUUUAAAGGGGGAUAAACAGGGGCAUGUGCUGAUGGGUGGCCACCCCAAUAUCCUAAUUGGCUAUUUGCUCUGUCAGAAGUGGGACUUAUGUUAAAACCAACUAUUGGGUCCUUUUGGGAAAGGCUGUUAGUAUUUUUCUGCACAGGAAAGUAAUGCACUCUGUCUUACUUGCAAUGAACAAUUAAUUGGCAAUGUGACCAAAACAUUGCCAAUUAAUGUAUUUUUGAAAGUUAGACUGUGCAGGAGUUUGCAUGCUAAUUUUUUAAGGAAUUUAAAUUCUGACUUUUAACAUAAAUCUUAUUUCUUGUCAUUAAAACUUCAGCUAAUGUAGCCAUCAUGUUGGGUUAUAUUAGAUAUGAUCGCUGAAGUUAGAAAGGGAAGAUCAUUUAUAUUUAUUUGUGUGUUCGUGCGCACAUCACACUUGAGGCCACCCCUGCAUAAGUCAGUGCUCCAGGUGGGCCACCCCAGUCAAAAAAAGUCUGGACACGCCCCUGGUGAUAAGCACGUGUCAAUUUAGCUAAUACAAGCACUUGUUUUGAAAGAACUAGGGUAAGAAAAAAAACAAACACGUUGACAAAAUGUAUUCCCAGAAACAAAAAACAGCUUAUCAUUUAGUACAACAGAACCAUGAACAAAACUUGUUUCAUAUCACAUGGCUAGCUACUUGUCAAUCACAAGGCCCACUGUAAAGCAUAACCUGCUUUUUCAUCUGUUUUGCUGUAAUUUGGACCACAAUUGACUAAAUAAACAUCAUGCUGUAUCGAUUAAGAUGGGAAACUAUCUUUUGAGACAAUGAACUCAUCUGCAAAAAAUUUUACUGGGUUAAAAAAUCCAGUGAGUAGUAGGGUAAUUUUCUCAUUCAUUUGCAUACAAUCUGUCAUGUUUUUUUGAAGAAAUAGAGUAACCCCCUACUGGCCAAAUGAAGGAAUGCAGCCUAAGGAACUUUUGCAUGGGCUUUGUUUAAACACUGAGGGGACAUACACUGCUAUACAAUCUAUGACAAGAAACUCAAUGAUUCUUAUCAGUAGCUCCACUCUUCCCACUCGGCUCUCAACUCACCCACAGUAUUCAAAAAGUUUGUCUGCCAAUAAAAACUCCACUUGUGGGAUUUAUUCUGAGUAAGGUCAAAAAUGAAGGUAAAAAUGUUAUUGUUGGAGUUUUAGUCAUGACAAAUUGUUGGAUUUUUUUUCUGAUUGAUUAAGGGAAAUUCUGGUAUGUAUAAAAAUGGAUUCGUAGCCUGGCAGUGCAUAGAGCUGUGUGUCAUAAUAAAUGUGGAUGCACUUCACUCACAUUACACUGAAGGGACUCGGUCACACCUUGCUGCCUUUCAGACCAGAAAAGGGUGUUAGCUUCAUCCAGCUGCUACCACAAUAUCUGUGUUCUCCAUCAGCGCCAGUUCCCUUUUCUCUCUCUUUGGGGUUGAAGAGAAGUGACACUUGUGAGACAAACUGUCAUCACAGCUCCGUGUCCACAUGUCAGAGUAAAAGCCAAGUCAUCCAUCUUAGAAUUAAUAAUUGGCCGCUUCACUUUUCUGAGUAGUGUUUUGAGGAAGAGUGUGGGUUUAUCUGAACAAGUUUAAGGUUAAAAAUAAAGGCGGGGUUUGUUUUUUUGGUGAUUGAGGGGAAACUAAAAGAUGAAAGACUAUUUCUAACACAUAAAACAUCUAAACAUAAAAAUGAUUGUCUGGGAAAAGUGAAUGGGACUUGUGAUUCAAAACCCUGCUUUUGUCCAAACUAUAACUGUGUUUCUGAAGUUUCAUUUUUUUUUUAAAACUGCCUGCUGUUUUUCAGACAGGAGUCACGAAGCAGGUCCACUCAUACUGAGAGAGUAUGGUGACAUCUGCUGAUGGAAUAAUUAGUCAUCUAAACAGCCAAAAAUCAAAAUGACAACCAUCAUGAUAUACUUUGACGGGAACAAAUACAAAACUGUGUAAAUAAGUGACGUCAUUGUCAAUUCAUGACUGUUGAUGAGAAAAUGCAUGAUUAAAGGAUGUUUCAGGAA